GUGUAAGGAGCAACAACCAAGCCCAAAGCGCAGCAUUUGGAUAUGUAACUGAAGUCAUGCGCACGCUUUGGUGAUCUCUCUACUGUGGCAAGCUGUGCAAAGGAAGAGAGCUCGAAGCACUUGAAUUUUCCCCAAUUUCCUCUCCUUUCGAACUAUGGUUCAUGUGAAGAGGAAGUGCAGCGCAACAAAAGUGAACGCAAGCUCCAUGUCUCAUGAUUUGAACUAGAGGCAGGCACGUGACCCAGAAAGCAAAGCUGAUCGGCAAAAAGAAGGGGAUGAUCCAAAGACUGAGAAGGGCGAAGCAUUUCGGAUCGAAGAGAUGAACUCCAAAGAGGAUUCGCGAAGCUUCGAAGUUUGUUACUAGGGUAAAGCAAGGAGCCAAAGUCUCAGAAUCCAUGGAAACGCAGUAUGAAAAACUCGAGAGAGAAGACCCUAUCACCGAUAGUUCCUCAGAAGAUGAGGAGCAGGAGAUAGAGAAGGAGUUAGCAGAUGUAACCUUUGAGGAAUUGCAGAAAGCACGCUCGAAUGGGGCACAUGCUUUUUUUCAGAAACCCAAAGAAGACAAAAAGUUAAAAAGGGCUAACAAGAAUAGACCGAUGGAGGCCAGUAGCAAGAAGCCAGUUUCUGCUUUUAGAGAGGUCAUCCAAGCUCCAAAGAAGGUUGUACGUGAUCCAAGAUUUGAAUCUCUUUGUGGUACACUUGACCCUGAAGGGUUUAAGAAGAGGUAUAAUUUCUUAUAUGAAAACGAUCUUCCUGCUGAAAGACAGGCUCUGAAGAAGGAAUUGAAAAAGUAUAAAGAUCCGAAGCGCAUAAGUGAAAUAGAAGAACGAAUAUCAUGGAUUGAAAAACAAAUGAAGUCUGAUUCAACGAAGAAUAUUGAUACAGAAAUAUUGGCGAAUCAUAAAAAGAAAGAGAGAGAAGCAGCAAAGCAGGGGAAACGUCCUUUUUAUCUAAAGAAAUCUGAAGUACGGAAACAAAGGCUGAUUGAGAAAUAUAAUCAGCUCAAGUCAUCGGGCAAACUUGAAGCAUUUGUUGAGAAAAGGAGGAGAAGGAAUGCUGCUAAGGACCACAGAUACAUGCCGUAUCGUAGAUCUGGUGAUGUCGAAUAAAUUUUGUAGCUUCUUAAGCUAUAAUUGUAAACUAGAAUAUAGCACCAAAAAGAAAAGUAAUAUAUGUUUUCUGGCUGCCAGCUUUGGGGAUUGAAUAUUGACGUUUGUUGAUGGCAUCAUGAAAUUUGUUUUGUGACUCUUGAAGGUUUACUAAUUAUCAGGGAAUGAAUUGGUGGCACUUGGCUACUAGGCA